AGUCAGUAUGCCAUGUCGUCCCCUGGCUCCUCGUUUGUGCAGAUAAAACAUGAGGACUUGCUUUUCUAUGAGAACUGCGGCGGAGGCAGCUUUGGGAGCGUCUACAGAGCUGUCUGGAUUUCCCAAGAUAAGGAAGUAGCUGUAAAGAAACUUUUGAAGAUCGACAAAGAGGCUGAGAUUCUAAGCGUACUGAGUCAUAAGAACAUCAUUCAGUUUUAUGGAGCCGUGCUGGAAUCUCCCAACUAUGGCAUUGUCACAGAGUAUGCAAAUGGAGGUUCUCUCUAUGAGUAUCUUUCCAGUGAGCAGAGUGAGGAGAUGGACAUGGAGCAGAUCAUGACAUGGGCCAUACAGAUAGCCAAAGGAAUGCAUUACCUUCAUGCAGAAGCUCCAGUCAAAGUGAUUCACAGAGACCUUAAAUCGCGAAAUGUCGUAAUGACUGCUGAUAAAGUGCUGAAGAUUUGUGAUUUUGGAGCUUCUAAGUUUCUGUCUCACACUACCCAUAUGACGGUGGUGGGCACUUUUCCGUGGAUGGCUCCGGAAGUAAUUCAGAGCCUACCUGUUUCUGAGACGUGUGACACUUACUCCUAUGGUGUGGUGCUGUGGGAGAUGCUGACUCGAGAGGUUCCUUUCAAAGGUUUUGAAGGGCUGCAGGUUGCAUGGCUGGUGGUGGAGAAACAAGAGAGGCUGACCAUCCCUAAGAGCUGUCCUGCAAGUUUUGGAGAGUUAAUGAGGAAAUGUUGGCAAGCAGACCCAAAGGAACGUCCACAGUUUAAACAGGUGCUGGGAACCCUGGAGACCAUGGCAAAUGACAGCAGGCUACCAGACCAGUGUAACUCUUUCCUACAUAACAAAGACCAGUGGAGAUGUGAAAUUGAGGCAACCCUGGAGCGCCUCCGGAAGUUAGAAAGGGAGCUUUACUCCAAGGAGAAGGAGCUGGAGGAAAGGGAGAGGAGGCUCAGAUUGUGGGAGGAGAGGCUGAUGGAGAGGUCAAACAUGACACCAAGUCCAACUUCUCUGCUCAUGGAGCGGUCAAACAUCUCACCAUUCUUCAGUCCGAUGUCGAUCGGUUCCACUGGCUCUUUCUUCCGCUCACACUCUCAGGACUCCAAUGGCACUGGUGUCAGCAGUGCAGGGGUCAGCAGCGCGGGGGUCAGCAGCGCUGGUGUCAGCUGCAUCCUCCGCACUCUCAGCAAUGGAGACACUGAGAGGGGGAGCAGUGCUGUGCUGGAGAGGGGGAUGGGCUCGCUCGAUAGCGGGAGGCUACAUGCCAUGUUCCGAGGGUUGCAGGGGAGGUUUGGAGAGGAGGAUGAGGAAGAAGAAGGUACUGUUCAUGACAAAGGCUGGGGUCAGAGGGAACGAAAGGAUAGUGGGAGUCUGGAGGGGGGACGGGUGCAGGUGACACUCAGGAGUUUUCCAGGAGGCGUAGUGGAGAGGGAAGAGAGGACAUGGGAGGAGGGGGACAGGGAGAGAGGAGGCAGACAGAGAAGCAGAGUGACCACUAUUGUCCGAGGGUAUUCGGGAGGAUUUGGGGAGGCAGAGACAGAGAGUGAAAAGGAGGGAGGAUGGGAGAUAGAAAAACUUGGAGACAGGUUAGAGGAGACUGGGAUGGAGGGAGGGCUCGAAGGAGGAAGGAUGUCAACCAUGUUCAAAGGUCUCCACGGGAGUUUGGGGAGCUUGGGAGACAUGCUGUCCAUAGAUAUUGAUAAAAUGGGGGAGAUGGAGAGUUUAGGUGACAUGGACAUGAACAUGGGUGAAAUGGGAGUAAUGAAGGUGAUGGGUCAUGGCGUCAGAAGCGAGCUGGGGGUCAGGGGUCACAGGAGUGACAUGGGAGUUGUGGUCCAGGGAGUAAGGAGCGACCUCAGCGAGGCCAUCAGUCAAAAGAUUAGAGGCGAAGUGGGAGUCGUCGGUCACUCUGGGAUGCAGGUGAGCAUGCGGGCAUCAUCCAAUCAGAACUCUGUGAAGAGCUGCAGCGUGCGGCAUGGAACAAAGAUCAACAUGGCAAAAACGGCCAUGGACAUGAUGGAGCUCGAUUGGUCUGACAGCGACUAG